UCCUCUUUCCACGCCUCUCCUCUCUAUUUAUAAAACCCCAGUGUUUUAGAUUUAAGUGCUUCUUGGAUUGAACGCAGAAUCUUUCUGAUUCUUGUUCUUGCGAUGGCCUACAGAUUUUAGCGGGAAAAUAAAAGAAAAAGGGAUUUAUUAGGGUUUCUGCAAUCCUUUUCUGCCAUGGAAGGAGGCUGUUGUUCGACUUCGACGAUGACCAGUACAGAGAAUAAGCGGAAGCGGAGGAACCAUCAGCAGCAGAACAAGCCCUACAGAGGAAUAAGGAUGAGGAAGUGGGGGAAGUGGGUGGCGGAGAUUCGAGAGCCCAACAAACGGUCGCGGAUAUGGCUUGGUUCUUACACCACUCCUGUGGCCGCCGCCCGUGCCUACGAUACCGCUGUUUUCUACCUCCGCGGUCCUUCUGCUCGCCUCAACUUCCCCGAACUCAUCCUCGAAGAGGACGACCUCCACGAAAUCUCCACCGCUUCAAUCCGUAAGAAAGCCACAGAGGUUGGAGCUCGCGUGGACGCUAUCCAGACAGCCCUCCACCAAUCGGAAUCGAACUCGGAAAGCCGGCUCUCGGAGAAGCCCGAUCUGAACAAAUUCCCAGAAGGUUCUGAGGAAGAUUGAGAUUACCAGACAAGUGUUUAUAGCUGCUUUUUUUAUGCUUCGAUUUCCCGUGAACAGGAUCGAAACGGAUCAUGUUCUGUUAGAUAGUUUUCUGUUUCUCGUUUCUGUUUCAAUUCUAGGUUGUAAAACGAAACAGGGGAUAGCUUGGCCCGUUCGUUUUAAUUAGUUACGAAUUAGUAGUAGUAAUUAAAAUUAACAAAUAUGUUUUGUUUUUUUUUUCUUGGGUUUAGAUUUUGUUAUGGAUAUUGUCUUCUGUGUGAUGAAAUUUGUGGGAAAUUUGAUGAAAGAGUGAGGCGAAAGAAAUGAGAAUACAGCGUUGUGGCGAAGGAUGCCCUAACUGUACUUUCUCACAAACCAAACAAAGAUGAUAAGGGGAUGAGGUCUAGUUUGGAUGCCUAACAACGGGCGGUUUUGUGUGUUGUAAUGACGUGCCUGUGGACGCAAGACGCAACCAAACGGGAACUAGGGAGGGGAAAGGGGGAGAGGGACAGUGCGUGGUCCUUGAUGUGGAUGUUGUCACCGUCAUGGGAUGGUGUGGAAGGCUUGAGUAAAGGGGUUAUUGAUUUGGUGGAAGUUGAUGGUGAUGAAAUGUGGGCGCCAUUGAACUUGCUGGGAAAUUAAUGAUUGCUUGCUGUGAUUGGAAGAUUAGGAUCAUCAUCUUUCUUAGUGUACUUAUCUGAAACCGCAAGGAAACAAUAUUGAGGAAGGAAAGGCCAACCCCAAAGAUCUGUCGACUUAAAGCCACAUUCCACGUGUAAAGGUGCACGCCAAUGAUGGGCAUGCGCAGCCGCAAUUAGCUGGACACCGAACCGCUUUUAUUUUUUCCUUUUUGUUAAAGUAUAUUAAUUUUUAAUACGUUAAUUAUGGAGAG